AUGGAGGCCUCGUCGUCGUUCAAGCCGAACCCGCUGUCGCUGAGCGUGCCGGACCCCGCGCUCGACCGCUGGCUCCGGGACAGCGGCUACCUCGACCUCCUCGACUCCACCACCACCGGAGGGCCGUCGUCAGCCUCGGCCCCCUCCACCUCCACCUCCACCUCCUCCUCCGCCGCCAGCCCCGCCGCCGGCCCGGCCUCCUCCAGCGUCGCGGCCGACGUCCUCGCCUUCGCGCGCACCCUCGCCUCGCUCCUCGCGCUCAACCCCUUCGCGCGCCUCUCCACUGCCGACCUGGCCGCGCCCACCCCAUCCUGGUCGCUCGCCUUCGUCGGCCCCCCCGGCGCCGCGUCCUACUCCUGGCCGCCCACACCCACCCUGGCCAGGCUCCGCGUCCAGGAGAACGUCCGCCGGUACGCGCGCAACUACGCCGCGCUCACCAUCCUCGUCUUCGCGUGCUGCCUUUACCGGAUGCCGAUGGCGCUGCUGGGGAUGCUGGCCAGCCUCGCCGUCUGGGAGGGCGUGCGCUACUGCCGGGACCAUUGGGGCCUCACCACCAGGGCUCCAGGGGUUGCCCAAGCUCUGCUGCACUGUGCACAGAUUGCUACUGCUAUACUACUGUACGUCUGCAACCUACAGUUUGCUCUCGUGUACGCCAUCGGAUUGAGCUAUGCGUUGAUGAUGUUACACGCCUCCCUCCGGAAGUUGACCCCCUCAAGUCUACGAGAUCCCAGGAGUCUUGGCUUUGCCUGUGGGGUUGCAAAAUUGGCCGGUCAUGAUGCCCAGUCCUGCCCUGCCCUGAUCACGGGGAAACCAUGCCUGCUGGAUUCAACUGCAGAGAGAUUAAUUGAUUUGACUGCUUUUACUACCAGGGAUGUACUACGAGCUCUGCUUGCUCACAUGAUACUUGUGAAUUGUACAUGA